AUGCAGGAUCAGCUGCCCACCAGGAGGUCUCAAAGCAUCGCAAUCGGCAUGAUCAACCUGCAGCCCUCUCCGGGCCCUGUCCUCCUUCGCCCCUGGCUGGGUGAAGACUCGCUCGACAGCAGCCACUCCCAUCAAGCAGUCCCGCAUAUACUCUCAGACGACAGCGUGAGCUCAGCCUUCGCCACUGAAGGAGGCUGUGCACUCCCGCGAAUGGGCCCAGUCGCUUUUGGGGAGAGUGCCGCUGGCCGACCUUCUAGCCCACACUCGAAGGGAAAGACCGGUACCCACGACCAGGCCAUCGAGGCGCCUUGUACGCAUGCCCGUUCUGCUUUGAAGCCUGUUCCCCCCGUCUCGACUAAGCAGCACGAGGAUCAUGGACUGACUGACUGUCAUCACGUUAGUGUGCAACCCAUCAACCUGCUUGAGUUGACCCCUCAAAGCUCUCACGUCUGUCGCGAUUGCGGCAAGGAGGCCAAGUGGACUGUCAAUGGUAGCCAGUCAGCGAUACUUCAAAGAGCCUCAUUGCUUCUAUGCUUGGCUUUCGCAGUGCUCAUCUUCCAAGUCAUGGAUGCGGGAGGCGCACACGUCAUUCUUGCCCAUCAAGACCCAUUGACAAAGACUGCUCUAUCAGGCCGAAUAGCCUUCCUCGUUGGACAGUCGAUUGGCUCAUUCAUCGGGUGCUCGCUCCAUUCGAUGGGCAAAUGGGCAUUGCUGGUCGACCUUGCUCUGGCCAAUGUUUUCGCGACUCUUGCAGGCACAAGCAGCAGCUACAUCGUGCUCGACGUAUUCCGAGGUCUCACUGGUGUCACCUCAGGCAUAUUCCUAAGCCUCGUCCUGAUCGACCUUCGAUGUUUGAUGGCCUCAUGCAUACCCAGAUCGAUUGCUGCUCUGCUUCUCCUCAUUCUCGCUGCAGUAGCUCAGAUAGCUGGCGGCUGGCUCUCCACGCUAGUUGUACACUCGCAACACUGGCACUGGCUAUACUGGGGAGGCUCCGUGGCCCUCUUUUGCAACAUAUGUGCGAUCGUCGUCUUGGUGAGGCCCCGUGGACGUCCAGCCGCGAGGCCACUGCGAGAGGCGCAGGACGGUAAAAGUGCGAUCGAUCCCCUCAAGGGAACGGCCCUAGUAGUAUGGCUGCCCCUCACGCACCCACAUCUGAGUCUCACGACGCUAUCGAUGGCCAUUGCUGCUUGCAUCUAUGUCAGCAUUCUUGCUACUGUGCAAUUCUUGUGGAAGCUCACGUUCCGCUUCAGCCUUCACCGAGCCUAUCUGACUACGACUGUUUGCUUGCUGGUCAGCACCCUGCUCGCGCUCAUCCUUGCUACUCUUCUUGGCCAAGAGCAGCCACGAAGGACUACUGAAGGUCUGCCGUCAUACGACGAGAAAGCAACUCGAGCUGCAGGAUGCCGUAGUACCCUUCCUGAGAGGACGCUACUUCACACUGCAGUUGCAUUGCUAGUCAUCGCUUGCAGUCUUCUACUCCUGGCAUUGGCGACAAAGACGACCAUUUCCUGGGUAGCUACCGCCUUGCUGCUAGUCAUCAUUGGCACGGCUUCCUUUCUCGCCAUCGAUAGCGGGCUACGCUACGUCUUCGACAUCUAUCGCCCGACAUGUGAUGGACAAGGUGACUGGGGCAGGCACUAUGUCGCUGCUGCUACAGGCUCGUGUGUAGGUACCGUCAUUGGCGCGUGUGCUCAAGCACUGAUGAUGGCUCCUCUAGCUUUUGUCAAGCUUGGCUUCUCGACUCUGGCCUGCGUACUUGCCUGCUGCGCCUUUUCAGGCGCUGUCAUUGCAGCGGCCGUGUGCCGACUCGGUCCUGGGUGGCGUAAGAAGCGAUGGGAUACGAUCGGAAGCCAUGAAGAAGGCCAUAAUGGCAGCACACAGGCCCCUCGCCGUGUCCCUCUGCAAGUCUCCGCUCCUCGCCUCCAGGCAUCGACCUAUCCAAUGACCUUUCGUGGCCCCUCUCUGCGCCUCAACGAGGACGUCGAAGAGCUAGAUGUGCUCAAGUCCUCCACACUCUCGGCAUCACCUGCCAGUGGGACGCUGUACAAGUCAAACCGCCAGCAGAGCCCCUUCUCGUCAUCUAAUGUCGACUUGUCCAGCGAGAUCAGUGAGGCUGUAGGGGACCGUAGGCAGCAGUCCAUGGACAAUUUUCGAAGCGUGAGCGGGUACCGCAUCUGAGACGCUCAAGGGCAGUGACUUUGUAUGGAGCAAAGUAGUGGUGGGAAAUGAAAGGUAGUGGUGGUAGAUUGAGCUCAGUGGCCCCCUCCUUCUCCCCGCAAUCACUUGCGUGUCACCGUGUUUCUUCACUGGCCUUUCGAAAGAAUGUGUCAAUCUUCCUGUAGAGCUCGCUCCAACCUUUCGGCACAAAAUCAAUGUCACCG